CGCUAACGAAGCACUUUAAAGAUUCUUUCAGCUUGUGUCAGUAAAAAACUAAAUUGUUGUUAUCGUUUUUGUUUAAAAGUCAUUGGAGAUUACUAAAAAAUUCCCAACAAAUUGUAAAAAUAUAAAAAAACAUAUUUUAUAAAAAUAAUAAGAAUAUAAAUAAAUUUAAAAGAUAUUACCAAUAAAAAUUAUUUACAAAACUCUACUAUUAAAGCCGUAUUUAAAACACGUUGCCUAAAGCCAUCUCUGUCUUACCUUAAGAGUUUUAAACUCUACGAAUAAGGUGUGGCUGGCUCUUUUAGCCAACUGCUUAGAAAAAAAAGAAAAGAAAUUCCAACAAAUUUGGAUUUCUAAAAACAAAUAACAAAAGAAAACAAACAAUAAAUAAAUAAUAUACAAAUUGCUCAAGAACACAACAAACCCUAAAAAAUUAUUAUUAUAAUAAUCCCUCAAAAUGUCAAAAUCACGACCCAUACAUCAUGCAAGUCUUGAAGAGUUCCAGGUGCGUCGAAAAGAGCCCUUCAAUUUAAGCACAUUUUUAUACAAUGCCGAAAAGGGCACAGUUAUGAAUCGAGAUAGAGCUUCUUGGACAAAAAUUGGUGUUUUCUAUACAGCAUUCUAUGGAGUUUUAGCAGCGCUGGUUGCCAUUUGUAUGUGGGCCUUCUUUCAAACUUUGGAUCCUCGCAUACCAAAAUGGACAUUGGAUGGUUCGUUAAUAGGAACAAAUCCUGGCCUUGGCUUCAGACCACUACCACCCACAGAUAAUGUUGAAAGUACAUUGAUCUGGUACAAGGGUACCCAUCAUGAAAACUACAAACAAUGGACAGAUGCUUUAGAUGAAUUUUUGGAUGUUUACAAAGUACCCGGUUUAACACCCGGCCGUGGUCAAAACAUUUACAACUGUGACUACAAUCAACCACCACCAAAGGGUCAAGUAUGCGAUGUAGACAUUAAAGCCUGGUCUCCCUGUACCAAAGAAAAUAACUACAGUUAUCACAAGAGUUCACCGUGUGUAUUCUUGAAAUUGAAUAAAAUUUAUGGUUGGAUACCGGAAUUCUAUAAUGAUUCUUCUGAUUUGCCCGAAAAUAUGCCAAGAAAUCUUAAGACCUAUAUUGCUGAUGUACAAAAGAAUCAAUCACAUAAGAUGAACACCAUUUGGGUUUCAUGUGAAGGUGAAAAUCCUGCUGAUCAGGAAAAUGUGGGUCCAGUAGACUAUUUGCCUGUACGCGGUUUCCCCGGCUACUUUUAUCCCUAUCAAAAUUCAGAGGGUUAUUUAAGUCCUUUAGUGGCUGUACAUUUCCAAAGACCAAAACGCGGUAUUAUUAUCAAUAUUGAAUGUAAAGCAUGGGCCCGCAAUAUCAUACACGAUCGCAAGGAUAAACUGGGCUCAGUACAUUUUGAACUUUUAAUAGACUAAUAUGUGUCUCUUUUCAAAGCUUUUUUAAUUAUAAAUAUUUAAAUUAUUUUUAAAUUUUACCAACGAACAAUUCAACAAACAAAAAUAAGCACAAAUUUCAAUAGUUAGAAAAGAUAGAAAAAAAAAAAAAAAAGAUUUUAUAAAAAAACUUAUUAAACCUUAAAAAGAAAUACCAAGCACAGUUUUAUUAAUUACAAAUGAAAUUAAGAAAAAAACAAACGAAUUAAAAAAAAAAUAAAAAAAAUAAUUGUUGUUACUUUAUUUUAAAGUAAACUGCCAUUCACCAAAUAUUUAAACACACAAACCAAUCCAAUUACACAAAUUACUAUUUAUAAAUAUAAUUAUUUUUCUUUUUUUUAAAAAUAAUUUCGAGUGUAUAAAUUGUUGUUGCUAAAUAAAGAUAAAGUUAUAAAAAAACAAUAA